CCUCAUCUCCGGGCUGGGUCUCUGUCCGCCGGCGCUGCACCAUCCUCCUCGAUAGCAUGGCGAUGCAAGGCUGUCGGUUUUCAAUCUAGACGGGAAGUCUCACCUCAGAGUCAAGACGGGGGCUACAAUGAGUGACAAGCCACCGGUCACCCCCAGCUGGCUGACCCCUGACCCCACAGCGUGGGCCAGCGGAGGCGGGGGGCCAAUGGACAACAGCACCGGCCUGGGGACGUUUCCAUCUGACUCCCUCCCGCCCAGCCAGAUGCCCCUGCUGGUCAACCCCUGGGACAUUGUGCUGUGCUCAUCGGGUACUCUGAUAGCCUGUGAGAACGCCCUGGUGGUGCUGGUAAUCUGGCAGAACCCGGCGCUCAGAGCUCCCAUGUUCCUGCUGAUUGGCAGCCUGGCACUGGCCGACCUCCUGGCCGGCCUGGGCCUGGUGCUUCACUUCACCUGUGCCUACCUUCUUCACUCCGACUCGGCCCAGUUACUGACCGUGGGCCUGGUGGUGGCCUCCUUCUCCGCCUCCGUCUUCAGCCUGCUGGCCAUCACCAUUGACCGCUACCUGUCGCUGUACUAUGCCCUCACCUACAACUCGGAGCGCACAGCGGUCUUCACCUACACCAUGCUCGUGCUUCUGUGGGGCCUCUCCCUGUGCCUGGGCCUGCUGCCGGUCACAGGGGUCAACUGCCUGGCAGAGGAGGCUACAUGCAGCGUGGUGCGACCACUUACAAAGAACAACAUUGCCGUGCUGUCUGUUUCCUUUCUGCUGCUCUUCGGCCUCAUGCUGCAACUCUAUGUCCAGAUCUGCAAGAUUGUGAUGCGCCACGCGCAACAGAUCGCCCUCCAGCACCACUUCCUGGCGGCCACGCCCCACUACGUCACAACGCGGAAGGGCGUGUCUACGCUGGCCAUCAUCCUGGGUACCUUUGCUGCCUGCUGGAUGCCAUUCACUGUCUACUCUCUCAUUGCUGACUACACCUACCCUCCCCUCUACACCUACGCCACGCUGGUGCCUGCCACCUACAACUCCGUCAUCAACCCGGUCAUCUACGCCUUCAGGAACCAGGAGAUCCAGAAAGCGUUGUGGCUGGUGUGCUGUGGCUGUAUUCCUGCCAGCGUGGCCCAGCGUGCACGGACCCCAAGUGACGUCUGA